GACAGCAAUGGAGACAGAAGCUAAAGUCAACAAAGAUUUGAAGGUCGAAAUUAUCCAGGUUGUCUCCCCAACAUCAGGGUCGACCAUGAAUACAGGAGGGCUAGCGAGGCAAGGAAGUAUCACAAAGAUCAAUUGUCUAUGCUCUCCCACCACUCAUGCAGGUUCGUUCCGUUGCAGGCUUCACCGCUCUCCAAGCCUCCAACGAACUAAAAGCAUCGACUCAACGGCCCUCCGGGAUUCACAAUCCCAAGCUAAUCCAACUACUGAAAUCCAUAGGAAAAAUAGUACAGUGGAGGCUGAGCAUUUUUGAUAUGGUGGGUUGAACUGUAUUAGAAAGUGUUGUGUAGGAAAAUAAGUUAAAAUCUUGUCUGUCAUACCGUCUCUAAAUUAUUAAGGCCCGGUGUUAUAUAUAUCCGGUGUUAUAUAUAUUGUGUUGGCUAUUGUGCUACUAAUUCUAUGUUCAGUUUUGUUUAUUGAAGACCUCGAAUGAAUCUUCUGCACCACCUAUUUGAGCCCCAUGAUUGAUA